AUGGAUGGGAGUGAGCAUGAGAGCAAUGAAAAUGGGCCAAUGGAGGAAGCUGAGCCACAAGAAGAGGAGGAUGAACUCCCCAUGUUCCAAGAGCACUACAAUGCUCUCCUCUCCAUGGAAUUUUUGGAAACCAAGUACCCUCAUGACAAAACCAUGAAGGCCCUUGGAAUCUUUAAUGAUGUGGAGUUGGUACUCAAGAACAUGCACUUGAGGAGGUUCUUUUCUCAUCGCAUGGAAUCAUACAAGGAGCUAACUUGUGAGUUCUUGGCUUCAUUGAGGUACCACUUGUAUGAUGAAGAGGAUAGAACCGAUUUGGAUCAAGGCUUGGGGUGGAUCACGUUUUUGGCACUUGGAGUCAAGAGAAUGGGAAUUCAAAGUGUUUGGGCUACAAUCGCUGAGGGAGAGUUCUGUUCUUCAAGAUCUAAGGCUGCUCAGAUAAGGAGACCUGUGCUGAGGUAUGUUCACAAGGCACUCGCCAACACCUUCUUUGCAAGGAAGGCAACCGGUACCAUAAAUGAGGGAGAGCUCAAGCUUCUUGAUAUGGGAAUCAAGCCCAUUAUCUCACACACAAGCGAUGGGAAGAGGAUCAAGGGAGACAGAUCAAACACUGGAAAUCUCAUGCCCUUUCUAGAUCACCUCCUCACCUACAAGACCACGGCCUAUAACACUCGAUAUCAACAAGGAAGAAAGCUAAGUGUUGGAGUUCACACACCCCACGGCUGGCCCUUCCAAAGCUCUUGCCCAACCCAAGCUCACCACAGUUGUAGAGGCACAACAUUGACUUCAGACCCCCACUUCACAUUAGUUGGGCAUGAAGAUGAUUUGCGAGAAGAGGAGCCUGAACUCGAUCGAGUUGAGGAUCGAGCUGAGGACCGAGCCCAAGUGGAUGAGGUGUUGGGUGAGCCUGAUUGCUACUACUUUGAGGAGUAUGAGGCUCCAAGGAUGAACCCCUCUGUUGUGGCUGCUCACAAGAGGAUUGGACUUCUCCAAAAGUUCAACAAGUGGCAAGGGAAGGCCCAGAGAAAAUGCAAAAGUCCAUGGAAAAUGGUGAGCAAGAUUAAGAGUUUGGAGAAGAAGGUCUGGUUCUUCAUCAAGAAGAAGAAGACACCCAUGGCUUCUACAUUCCCUAGGAGUCGAUCCCUCCUCACCACGCCAAGGAGACUCCCUGCCCAAGAACCUCACAGAGCCUCAUCAUUUGAACCAAGGGAAGAAGGAAGACAACACGCAGAGGAGGAGGAAGAGUUCCAAGCCCGACGCUCCAACUCGACCAGUGGACUCGAUCGAGUCCAAACAGAGGAAACUCAACUCGAUCGAGCUGAUGGUCGAGUUGACCUGGAGGAGCCAGUAUUCGAGAACCCUGGAUUUGAGUACGAUCCAGCACCUUACCAGGACUAUCCCCAGAGCAUGGAACCCAUACGGCCAGUUCGAGCGAGCCAAGCUCCACCAAGGCCAAGGGAGCCACACACACUUCAAGGAAGAAGAAGAAGAGAGAGCCGCAAGCUCGAUCGAGCUGCAUGGAUAUGGUCGAUGGAGUGCUCCUGA